GAUACUGCAAUAUGUUAAUUGAUAUACUUUAUUUACACUACUAUUAAUUAUAGAUCGCUUAACAGAAGGCGCCAACAACAAUACCAAGCUAACACAGGACCUUCAAGCACUUCAAGAGAAAAUCUGGACUCUAUCUUGAAAUAUUUCCAAAUUUACCAUUUUACAUACAUACAUACUAAACACCGGAUCUACACAAAUACAUACACAUUACAUGAUUAUAUACACGAGCAAAGACAAAUUUGUGACACAUUUUCCUCCACCGUUCAGCUGGCGCUAGCUCUCCUGUUGCCUGUUGUUAAUGUUGGUGUCAUCAUUGUCGCUGCGCUGCUGUUACAGGUCAGCGGCCAUAAUGGCAACACCAACAACACCCAAAAAAACAGCAACGCCUGCGCUGGCCAUGCCUUUGAGUACGCAAUCGACUGCGGUCGGCAACUUUUUAUUGUCGUCUCGUUUCUUUUGGUUAAUUCGUUGUUUUCGGCUUUUUGAUAAAGCUGGCAAACGUAUGCGUUGUAAUUGUUGUAGUUGUUGCGACCACUCUUGCAGCUGAAUUUCCUGUUGCUGUUGUUGUAAAUGCUGUAUCUGUAACUGUUGCGGGCGCUGGUGCUGGUGCUGUCGCUGUCGCUGCUGCCAAAACUCUUGCUACAACUUCUCCCUUUCUUGUAUCUUUUGAUUGUAUUGGUAUUUCCAUUCCAUUUGGCGGCGUAUUUGGUGCGCUUCUAUCUACUAUCUGCCGGACGUCGUCUUCAGCCAAUAUUUCAGUUAACUUGACGAUUUCAAUUCAGUCCAAGUUGGCAUUUUCACCGGUACAGUUUUGUAUAGCUCGCGCGCAUGCGCUGACAAAAUCGUUGCGUUUCGUGCGUUAUUUGUUGGGAUUAACUAAUGAUUUUGUUCGCAUUAACUUAAAAAGAAAAGGAUAAAACUGCAAAUUUUUUAUAGUGCGCGCGUUAGUUAUUAAACAAAUUCACAAAGAAUUUUUGUCCACUCAAUAACGAGAAUAGCCAGCGUGUUGCCGAUUCGAGCAGAGUUAGAGCGCGCAGUAGUCCGUGCGUUACAGCAAAAAUGCGGACACCGAAAAUGUUUGGUCUGCCAUUAGGUUUGCUACUAUUGACGCUAGUAAGCGCCACUAGUGCGCAGGGCACAUUUGAAGAUGCGGAGACCUCCAAUGAUUACACGAGUGCCAUCACACACCAGCAAUUUGAUCUACGUCACACAAUACCUGGCGAACCUGAAGUCGAUUAUCCCAUUUACAGCGAAGUGCCAAAAACGAGCUUUGAAUGUACUGGAAAACACGAGGGUUAUUACGCAGACAUGGAGACGCGCUGUCAGGCCUUCCGCAUAUGUGCACACACUGCACGCGGCACACAAGGCUUCGGCUUCCUCUGUCCUAAUGGCACACUAUUCAGUCAGAAGAAUUUCGUCUGUGAUUGGUAUCGCAAUGUGAACUGCGCCGAAUCGGAACAAUACUACAGCAAAAACAGUGCGAAUCGCAUAGGCAGCAGCUCGGAUAUGAUGGAAAGGGUACGCCAAAUGAUGGAAUAUCCAAUGAAGACGAUAUCAGCCGCAUUGCAAAGUAAGCAAGCAUCGCAUCAUACACUCAAAAAACAAUUGGAGCUCUCUGAGAGUGGCGUAGCUGCUGGUGAUAGCGCCGAUGUGGAGCCACAAUCCAGUCGUGAUAGCAGUCAACGCGCCUAUUUGAAUCGCAAGUCGGCCGUAACGCGUGCCCAAGUCGAAUCUGUAUCGAAGACUCACGUCGCUACCCAGCAAACACAGGUCGAGGACACAGUCACACAGCAACGUAAAAGAUUACAGCAACAGAGACAACAACAGCGUACCGAAACGAAGACACAAAGUAGUAAUACACAGCAAAAAACAACGAAAAGCAACGACGAAGAUGUAUAUGUGAAUAGUUUGGGUGAAUUAUCCUCCGACCCAGGUGUUAAUUUCGAACACGACAGCGCACGCAUUAUAGCUGAGUCGCCCAGCCGCACUUACAAUUACGCAAAGAAAAGCAAUUUUGCCGAAAAGGUGAAUAUCGGCUUGAAUAGCCUCGCUGAAACGACUGCGCCUGAAGUGUUUGCACCCGAUUAUGUCAAGCAUUUGCGCACAGCCGAUGAAGAUGCAAUUUUGGCAGCAAACAUAAAUAAUUUGCUUGAAGUAGUCUCUGAAGAUUUGGAUACGAGUGUCUCUGGUUAUCAAGUGCCAGCGCCGCAAAGGAAUAAGACUUCGUUCAGGUUCCUAAGUCGUGGUUUCUCAUCGCAAAGUGAUCGUUCCAAGCGCCCACCCUAUGAGUAUGCCAAGCCCAAGCAGACGGCAAGUACGAUACGAUUUACGCCUAACGAGCUGCCCAUUGACGACACUUACAAAGAUACCAAGGAAUCGAUCAAACAAAAACCAAAUACGCACGUAGAUAACGGUGCUACUUUCGAUAGCUCCGAGGAAACCAUGAAGUUUAUUAUCAUGACGACCACGCCCACACCGAUCCAGCCAGCCGAAAUAGUUAAGGACACUACUGCGGAGGUCGCUGCAAAAGUGGUGGCUAAUAUAAUUGAAACUGGCGCGGGAUUCAGAGGCGUGCAAGAGUAUGAAACAACGGAAGGUCCCGCAGCCACUGAGGUGUCUACGAAUGUCAAUUCCGACCGCUAUUAUUUGAAUAACGUAGGCACCAUGCCACAAAAUUUGGAUUACAACUUCCUCACUCCCCCGGCGCCAGAGUCCGAAGUUGACACUGAGACUUCAACAGCUGACGAACCGACGCUGUACGAGUUUAACGAUUUCGACGGUGGCAGCAGUCCAGCACAGGAAAAUACUGAUGUGAAUGCGACGGAAGCGCUCAGCGACUUGGCACAAACCGAGACAACCACAGUGAGCUCAACAUCCACGCUGACGCAAGAUACUAGCGGCGCGGCAGAUGUGUAUGCAAAUAUUGUGCAGAAACUGCUUUUCCCAGCGCAGGAAGAAGCAACAACGGCCAGUAGCACAACAACAGCCAGCAGCGUAACAACAACGCCAGCUAAAGCGCAAAUGGAGACCUCAACUUAUGCGCCGAUAGUGGAUGAAGAGCAACUCGAUGCAGAGCAUCAAGCGACCAAACUAUUGCUGGCUGGUGUCAAAUUGACAAAACACAACAACAACGAAAUCGAUGAGAGCGCACAGAAAGCGAGGGGCUCAUAUAGCGCUAUAUUGGAUCCAACUUAUGGCGAAGGUGGCGCGCUCUUCAUUCAUGUGGACGACGACGACAAUGUAGCCGACAGCACAACCACGACUACUACAACGACAACAACAACCACCGCGCAACCGGAAACGAGCACAAGUGUAAUAGCAAGUCUGAGCGAAGGCGGCAGUUUCCAGGAGCGCAUACGGAAUUAUCGGCGCUUCGCUUCACAGCAACGCGGAAACGGCAAACCAUCAAUCAAUGUGAGGCGCAAUCAGCUGCCAGUCAACGGGAAGCUAACAACUACAACAACUAAAGUGCCCAGCAGCAGUAGCACCACAACAACACGCAGUUAUUUGAAGCGCGUCGCCGCAAGCCGUUUGCGUUUGUCGCGCCUGUCAGCGGCCAAUAAUCGCCUUACCACCGCAACACCAAGCACCACAGCCGAUGUGGCCACUGUUGAAUAUACCAAUACCAACAACGAUAGUGUUCAGUCAUCGCAAACAAGCAGGAAAAUCGCUGUACGCAAUAUAGACAAGGAAUUGGGCAGCAUUGGCGGCGGCAAACGUUAUGAUGCGCGCGGAAAUUCCUUUGACAAAGACAGCGCUGGCAAGCGCGGCACCACCAGCAGUCCAGCGGUGGUAGACGAGAGCAGCACCAGCAGCACAUCGCCAAGUUGGGAGAGUGUACGCAAUAAUUUGCGACGCUUUCAAGUGAGCCACAAGCCAACCACCGUGUCAACCACCGCUUCAACUACAACUAUUAGCCCGCGCCGCGCGGCACUGAAGGCGACGCGCAACAACGCGGUGCGCGCGCGUAACCGUUUCUCCAAUUUCAAAACGCAAACAAGCGCUGCGACAACGACGACUACUGUCACAACAACAACAACACCUACGACGACCACGACUGCCGCACCAACAACGGCGCAAACAACGCCUAUUGCGCCCACCGCUUACGCACUCAGUCCUACACCAAAUCUCGAUCACAUACUAAAAUCCAUCACAUCUUCUGUUUCCUAUUCAACUUCCACUUCAACUAAAGAUCAAGCACCUUUGCGCAUUGCUGAACCACAAGCAAGCACUUUCGGCGUGGCGGCGAAUAUUGAUGCACCGCCAGCUUACCAAAUAUACGACUUGGCUUCCCUUUCUGCCUCUACUUCUGCUUCUACACCUCCAUCUGCUUACGAAUUUCCCACCAUUUCAAGCACUCCUUCCUCUCCCAUAACUAUCGACACACAUGCCGAUGACUCGGCAACAUUUCUCGAUUUCGAUAAGUUAACACGCGCCAUUGUUGAUGAUUCCGUCUUACAGAAUUUCCGCACUCAACAGCAGUCUAGCCGACCGCCCACUGUCUAUCAGACAGCACCAGUUACCGUCGCGCGCUCGCUGUCAACGAACAGUAAUGCUCGUGCUGUGGGCAACUCUGUGCCACUGAGCUAUAAUAAGCUGACGCCGCAAGCUCCUGCUCAGCUAACGCCUCCACAGCGCCCACCACAAUUGCCACAGAUUGUCCAACAGCACACACCCCCCACCUCUCCUGCACCGCGCAUCAUUAUUGCGCGCGCAGAAGGUCAACGCAUAGCACCGAAUUCAGUGUCAUCGAUUUUAUCGGCGCUGGCGACGCAGCCGCCACCCAAGACCACGCCGCUUGCGCCGUAUGUGCCGCUGGACGACUUCCUUACGAAGAAGUUCGGUCAAACCGCACCGGGCGACACGAAUACAAGUGUUGCAACGAAGCAGGCAAUAAGCUUUAAUAAUCUGCAACAACAACAAUACAAGUCAGCGCAAAGUCCGCAACAAAAUUAUUAUCAAAAAGCGCUCGCCACAACAACAACACAACAAAUUCAACCGCUCUACAAUCGCGCCGCCACGCAGGAUAUACAAUUACAAAAGCAAAAGCAGCAACAAGCGGCACAAGCAGCACAACAACAACAGCAGCAAUUCAAUCAGCAAUUCCAGCAGCAGCAACAACAACAAUUAUUACAACAACAGCAGCAACUGCAACAACUGAAAUUUCAGCAGCAACAACAACAGCAAUAUCAGCAACAGCAGCAGAAAAUACAACAACAACAGUUGCAGCAACAACAGCUAAAACAGCAGCAACAAUAUGCGCAACAACAACUUAAUGAGCAGCAAUAUUUCCAGAAAUUCGCUAAGCCAGCAAUUACACAACAACAACAACAGUCACAACAACCUGUGUGGCAACAAAAGCAGCAGCAACAACAAAUAUUUUCGCAGCAAUCGGCGCUGCAACUGAAGCAAAAUCAGCAAUACUCGCAACAAAAACAAACACAACAACAACAAUUAACAGCAACAAAAAAUCAAUACAAUUAUCCACAACAACAGCAACAACAAACUAUUCGACUAUCGUCAACCCAACAACAACAAGCGCAACAACAGCGUCCGCAGCAAACCACACAGAACUUCUUCACUAACUUCCAGCAACAACCACAACAACAACAGUUUACACAAUUUCCACCCUUCACCAGUUCAGCUGGUGCCACUCAAUCACAACAGCUGUCAUUCGACGAGCUCAGCAAUAGCAUCGUGCCACCCGAACAUGACAAACAUCUGAACAUACAAUUGCCCGCGCUCACCGCCGGUCUUAUACCGGCGCCCACAGCAACAACAUUCACAGCGCAACGUCGCAUGGACGUCGUAGACACUGCUGAAAGUGAAAACUCGAGUAUUUUCCACGAGCCGGGCAGCAGCAGCGCCUAUAACGGCGUGAGUUCGUAUGAUGUGCCGCUAAGCAGCAUCGGGCGCCUGCCGAACGACAUAACGCAUCUGCUGAGGCGAUUGCGCAAGGUCAAAUAAAAUUGCCCAUCUACCUCCACCGCCGCCGCUGUUGCCAUAGCAGGAAUUAGUAGCUAGAGAGAAAGUGAUGCAGCCUAUGCUCGGUAUAUGUGUGUAGUAGUUAGUUAGUUUACUCAGUUAAGUAUCGAUUUGUGCCUCACAACUACUUUAUUUCUAUGAGUUUCCUGAAAUUUUCGAUAACUUAAUCUUUUUUACUUUCACCUAAAUUAUUAAUUUUCUAUAUUUUUAUAUUAUUGACUAUCAUUUUUUUAGUUCAAUUGAAAGUAGGUGCAAAAACCCAUUACUGCCAUUACAUUUAAGUUACUCUAUUAUUUUAUAAGUGCAUUCGAUUUCAAACGAUCGAUCGGAUCGAAUGAUUAUAGUUCUAUUAUUUAUUUUU